AUGGAAAUUGGUACUGACGAUCAGAAAUCACCGACGGACGAUGACGAUUCAAGGGCUUCGAGAGGUUGUCUUCUCUCGGAGCAGGAAGGUCUGGCUAGAGGCGGUAAGAAGGCCAAAGGCGUUGGGCUGGAGGACGCGGCCAUGGAUGAUGAGAUGCUUGAGGAAGGUGGUGCGGGGGCAGAUCCGGUUACCCCCCCGAUGUGGAUCUGGGCGGGAGUAGAUGAUGAGGAGGAGAACUGGAUCUCGAAGCAAAAGAGAGAGGAUGAGGAAGCAGAUCUGCUGGAGGGGAUUUCCAAGAAAGGGCCUGAUGAUCCCCUUUUCCCCAGGUACACUUUCUCCUUGGAAGAGCAUAAGAGGGACUGUGAGCAAUGGCGGAAGGCACUUAUCAUCAAGCUUCUUGGGAAGCGUAUGGGGGUAAGAUUCCUUAUGGCCAGAUUAGUUAGACAGUGGAAUCUGUUAGGAACGUAUGAGGUCAUUGAUUUAGACAAUGGUUACUUGCUGUUGAGGUUCCUAGAGGACAGUGACUAUCGUCAUGUCUUAGAGGAUGGUCCGUGGCUAGUCAAUGAUCACUAUGUGGUCGUUCAGAGAUGGAUGCCUUUAUUCGAUCCCUAUGACGAAAGCUUCAAGAAGCUAGCGGUCUGGCUUCGGAUUCCUGGGUUGCCGAUUGAGUUGUAUACGGCUCGACAUCUUUGGAGGAUUGGGAAUUUCUUUAGGCGUACCCUGAAGGUGGACAGAAACUCUUUGAGGAAGAGUGAAAUUGGGGAUGCUGUGAUCACAGAUAGAGCGCGCUUUACUUGGAUUUGUGUGGAAGUCGACUUGCGGAAGAGUUUUCUCUCUAAGUUCAUGAUUGGUGAAAAAGUGUAUCCAGUUGGUUAUGAGGGUUUGCACUUAAUCUGCUUCAACUGUGGGUUGUAUGGUCAUAGAUAG